AUGACAAAUAAAGUACAUGACAAAAACUUGACAAUCCUUGACAAUGCUGGCUAUGUCCUCUCAGCAAAAAGCACGUUGCGCCUCAAAGGAGGCGGUGGUGGUGAUGAUAGCACCAAAGCUGGCGGCUCAGCGUACACCACGCCAAUGUUUCAAAACAAUACCGCCGCUAGACUCAUAAAGCGGAAGAGACUUGGCGAUGACGAUUCCAGCCCUGGCUCCCCUUGUCCGCACGCCAUGGACUUGGAGAAAUACUCCGAUGAAGUCAGCGAUAAUAUAAAGGAUACGAAGUUGAUCCUUGAAGACAUGCUUAAAGAGUCAAAAAUUGGUAGGCGCUGGAUUGAUGCCAUCACCCACCAGCUUGACGAAAUUCUGAUUAGCAAUAACCGUCUGUGCAGGGCCAGUUUUAAAGUUCUCGGCAAGUGGGAAGAACAACGUGACGAACUACGCUCGCUUCAAGGACACAUGAAUGACCUCCACUGGGACUUGGGGGCGCAGAUUGAGAAAUACAACCAGUGCUUACAUGAAAAAGGAAAUGUCAUAGCCGAACUGGCACGAUCGGUAUUUCUGCCCCGGAGAAUUCGGACAAACCAGACAGUCCACUAUCUCCUCCCUUACAAUUUGUAA